CUUCUCUUCUUGAAUUGUUUAGCUGAUGUGUCAACAACAUGGAACCAGGAAAUCAAACAAGUAUUUUAGGAUUUCUACUCCUGGGCUUUUCUCAAGACUCAAAGCACCAACCUCUGCUAUUUGGUUUGUUCCUGCUCAUGCUUGUGGUCACGGUGCUUGGAAACCUGCUCAUCAUCCUGGCGAUCGGCUCUCAUGCCCACCUCCACACGCCUAUGUACUUCUUCCUCUCCAACCUGUCUUUGGCUGACAUCUGUUUCAUCUCUACAACCAUCCCAAAGAUGCUGCAGGACAUCAAGACUCAGAGCUAUUCCAUCACCUUCGCAGGCUGCAUCACUCAAAUGUACUUCUUCAUGGUUUUUGGGGGCAUGGACACACUUCUCCUCACCUGGAUGGCCUACGAUCGCUUUGUGGCCAUCUGUCACCCCUUGCACUACCCAGUCAUCAUGAAUCCCCGUCUCUGUGGUCUGCUGGUUCUUGUGUCCUGGUGCAUAAGUCUGUCGUGUGCCCUGAUCCAGACCCUGUUGAUGCUGAGGCUGUCCUUCUGCACCAGAAGGGUAGUUGCACACUUUUAUUGUGAACUUGCUCAGGUCCUGGUACUUGCCUGCUCUGACAAGUUCAUCAAUUACACCCUGCUCUACGUGGUGACUGCUCUUCUUGGCUUUGUUCCCCUCUCAGGGAUCCUUUUCUCCUAUAUGCAAAUUGUCUCCUCCAUUCUGAAAAUUCCGUCGACUGGUGGAAGAUACAAGGCAUUCUCCACGUGUGGGUCUCAUCUAACUGUGGUUUCUCUGUUCUAUGGGACAGGCCUUGGGGUGUAUCUCAGUUCUGAUGCCUCGUCCUCUUCCUGGAAGGGCAUGGUGGCCUCGGUGAUGUACACUGUGGUCACUCCCAUGUUGAACCCCUUCAUCUACAGCCUGAGGAACACGGACAUUAAGAGAGCUUUACAAAGUCUUCUCGGGUUCAAACUCCAUGUUCAGUGAUGGGAACAUUGUUCCUGGAUUUGGGAGCUGCCGGAAGUCACACCAGUGGGACAAAAAUAUGCCGCCUCUGAACUGUACAGAGUUUUGAUGCUUACCCACUCUGUUCUCCAUCUUUGGUCAAAAGUACCCUGUGAGUACUUGGUGUGAAGCGUAUGAUGAUUCCUGUUACCCUUAUUCUACUCACUUCUUCCCUUCCCUUUACAUUUUUACAUUACUACACCUUGGUUGGAGUUUGCACUCCUACAUAUUAAUACAAUCACUCAAGUGAGAUUCAGAAACUACUGCUUUUAAGUGAAUUCACUUUACCAUUAACCAGAGCUGUUUCUUACCAAAUUCAUUCACUCGACAAUAUUUACUGGAAUCUAUAGUGUACCAGAUCUUCUAGGUACCUGGGAUACAGCUGUGAGAAAAUUUGGGCGAUUGGAUACUGGGUACCAAAAUAUAGUGAGAGAGAAGUAAGAAAUUCUAGUGCUCUACAUUACA